GUGCCGGCGCUCGGGGCCAGCCCCGCCCGGCCCUGCGCAGCCACGCGGCGGUGCCGGCCCUUUGUUCCCGGGGGUCCGCGGCCGCCGGGAGGCGGCGGGAGCUGCGGCCAGCAGGAUGCCAUGGGGAACUGCUGGGCGCAGUGGUGCUGCGGCCUGUUCCUGCGGAGGGAUGCCGGCCGCAUCCAGCGCGGCGGAGGAUCCAAGUAUUUUAGAACGUGCUCAACAGGAGAACACUUCACUAUAGAGUUUGAGAACCUGGUGGAAAGUGAUGAGGGGGAGAGCCCAGGAAGCAGUCACAGGCCUCUGACUGAGGAAGAAAUUGCAGACCUGAAAGAGAGACACUACGACUCCAUUGCUGAGAAGCAGAGGGUUGUUGACCUGAAGCUUCAGUCAGAGUUAGCCUUACAAGAGGAGAAGUUAAGACUAGAAGAGGAGGCUUUAUAUGCUGCACAACGUCAAGCAGCCAGGGCAGCAAAGCAGAAAAAGCUCUUGGAGCAAUGUAGGCAGCACAGGAUAACACAGCAGAGAGCACAUGCUGUUAACAAUGGAGAGUUCCAGAGCUGUGUGGCAGAGGAGGACCUCGAUCCUUUCCUGAGGAAUACAAAAUUCCAGUAUGAAGCUUUCCGAAGCAGCAGGCUUUCAUCUGAUGCCACAGUGCUGACACCCAACACAGAGAGCAGUUGUGACUUGAUGACCAAAACCAAAUCAGUGAGUGGGAAUGAUGACAGCACCUCCUUGGAUUUAGAGUGGGAAGAUGAAGAAGGCAUGAACAGGAUGAUCCCGGUGCGGGAGCGCUCCAGGACAGAGGAGGACAUCCUGCGGGCGGCGCUGAAGUUCAACAGCAGGAAGCCGGGGAGCCACCCGGCCUCGGCCUCCGACGAUUCCAACGGGCUGGAGUGGGAGAACGACUUCGUCAGCGCCGCCGCCGCCCUGGACGACAACGGCAACUCCGAGUACGCCGGCUUCGUCAACCCCGUGCUGGAACUGUCGGAGUGCGAGCGCCAGGACAGAUAGUGACAUCCCUGCCUGUCCCCAAAUGCUGCAAAGGGAAUGGAACCCACGAGGCCACUCUGCUCUUUGUAACCUGCUCCCCUUUUUCUGACGGGCGAGCGACAGUCUGAAUUCAGAACUAAGUGCAAUUUUAUCAUCUACCUUCUCCACUUUUAUGAAAACUGUUGUGUAUAUUUCUGGGUAUCUGGAUUUAAUAGAAAAUUAUCUGCACUAAAUUGGAGCUUCGUAGCUUUGACUUGUCUAUAUUUUAACUUGCCUUUUUUUUUUCCUGGAUGAUGUUUCUAUUGAUUUUGUUUUAAAAUUCAUCGUUGGCAUAAUAUUUAUUUCAGAAACAGUUCUCUAUAAUUUAAAACAGUCCUCUUUAAUUUAAUACUUAAAGAUAGAGAAAUAAUUUUUAAAUAUUUCUAUUUCUGUGCUUUUUGACUUGCUCUUCAGCUAUUUAGAGCUGCAAAACAAAUUUGACACAUGGCAAAUUUGCAGAUUUUCCCCUGUCUAGCUUGAAGCCUUCCUAGUCUUCUGUCGUCCUUUUUCCAUUUAUUUUAUUUAUUUAAUUGCUUUAUGCCAAGCAUGGUUAACCUCAAUGAACACAGUAAAACUCAUCAGGUUAGGUAAGGUACUGCCUUGUAUAAUAAUAUGCCAGACUUAGUAAGCGUGUGCUAGAUAGAAAAGCAAAAAUAAAAUAUAAAUUCUCUGUAUGUGUCAAAAAAAUGGGAAUUUUAACCAGUGGAGAACUGGGAGGACCAAAGUCUUGUUUUCCCAGCCCCCCUGAACAGACCAACCUCUGUUGCUACAUGGUCCUUAAAAUUCUUCAGUUGUGGAAAAUUUAUAAUUCCAUUGGACUAGAACAAUUAUGGAAAAGCAACAUCCAGUGAGCAAACAGGGAGGGAUGAUGGCUCUGCUGAUGGCAGGGUGGGAAGAACAAGAACCUAAAGACUGAAUUUUUACACCUGCAUUUUGAAAAGAAAAAAGAAAAAUUCAUGUUUUAACAGUGUGUUAAAGUGCUCUGCCUUUCCUGUGCCUCUCAAGUGGAUGGUUAAUCCUGCCAAUACGCUGAAAUCCAAGGAGGUGUUCAGUGACUGCACCACUGCUGUCCUGUGCUGUGGUUCUCCCCCAGUAUUCCAUGUCAAUCUUACUUUUUAACAAAAGAGAACCUGCAAAGUGCUUGCAGGUCUCAAGCUUUCCCCAAAGUUUCAAAGUAAAGCCAUUCUACUCUGCCGUUAUUUUGUGCAGCUGUCUCGUUUUUCCAGGGGGAAAAGGGUGACAGGGUUUAACUUUGUUUUGGAGUAAAAAGAACAUGUUGUGGUAAGUAAUGAACCUGCUCUGUCAGUCAUCAGAACUGAAUUUGUUGGUGAAAGCUGUGUGGAAAAUGUGGUUUAGCUCAUCUGAAGCUAUCUGGAAUAUUUGGGGCGUUACAGUGUGGAUAAGGAACAGAAAUCCUGCACACUAGGGUUAAAUGUGUACAAGUAACCUGAGAGAACAGAUAAAUCCUGUUGGUAACAUUCCAUCUCUUCAUUUCAGUUAAAUCCUGUUGGUAACAUUCCAUCUCUUCAUUUCAGUUGUAGCUAUGUCACUGGAAAUAUUUGACUGCCAUUAUUUACAUUUGCAAUACUUGUAAUGAGCUUUAAAGACCUGUACACAUCAAAUGUAUAUUUUGGGUUUGGCCUAGGCUACUGCUGUGUGACUUCUCUUGGAUAUUUCUUUGUAUAGUAUAUUCCUAUGGGGAAGGAAGUCAACUUCCUCAACAUGUAAAUAACAUGUUUUUUACCUGCUGAAACUGUCACCUCCCUUGCACUGGUCACUGCUCCUCCUGGCCAGGGAACAUGAGGUGACCUCAUCCUGACCAUGCCUUGAGGAAUUAGCUGACAGUCCUGCCCUUGGGAUGAACAAGCACUGAGGAGAAAGGAGGCUGACUCCAGCUUUUUCUGUGAUGGGCAUGUUCUGUAGCCAUGGUUGAUGAUAACAUAUGCAGUGCUCAGUGCACCACGCUGGGUGACUUUUGAAGUGAUGCUCCAUCUCUGUGAGUAUUUGAGAAAUGGAGGGAUUCUACAAACAGCUCAUGUGAAGCAGUUCCAGGGUACUGUAAAACGCCUAUCUGUACAAAUUGAAGAGUCAUUAAAAUUUUCAACGAGUCUUA